GCAGAGGGCGCAGCAGACACGUCUCCACGCAGGCGCAGUGCGGACCUCCCGCCGGCAGGGGGCGCGCGUGUGGAGGUCGCGGGGCGCCGCCGUCGCCUGGCAACAAGAGGCCCGGGCGCCGCUGCCGGAGCCGUCGCCGGCCAUGGACGUCCCGCCCAUCCACAGGUGUCUCUGGCUUUGUGCUGAGAAUGAUCACCUGCAGAGGAAACUGAAGAAACUCCGUCAGAAGAAUGAACUGCUGGAAAGUGACCUCUCAGAAAUCCAGGAAAAGCAUCGCCUGCAACAGAUGAUGAGGGAUUUAGUAACCACCAGAGAUGCUCAGAUGCAGACUGAACCUCAAGCAUGGCUCAAAGCUGGGCUUAACGCAGCAAAGGCAGAUGUAAAGCGGAACCGGUUGUUGCAUAUGUACAAUGCCCUGCAGAAGCGAUACGAGGAAGAAAUUAAAAGCAACAAAGAGCAGAGUAAAACCAUUUCAAGAAUCACUGUGACGAUUCACGAGUUAGAACUACAGCUUGUGACAGCGAAGCAAAGAAUUCAGCAACUGGAGAACCUGCCCGUGGGCAGAAGGCGAAGCAUGUCAACUGCAGAGAGGGACUCUGCACCUGGCAAACGUGUGUCCGGUGAUGUCACUGCUUGCUCACAUGGCUGCAAUAACAUCGAACAUCUCUUCAAGAUUGAAAAGCUGAAAAAUGAAAUAGACAAACUAACAAAGGAGAAAAACAACUUGAAGAAUGAGCUGGCUGGAUUGGAUAAGGGAUUCUUUGAAGAAAUUGAAGAUUUGAAGUAUGCUCUGCAGGAGUCUGGCAAACUGAACAAAGAAUAUGAAAAGUGUUUGCAAAGAUUGUGUGAAAAACAAGGGCUUCCAUUUCCCAUGGUCACAAAAUAAAAGAAAAUGAACUAACAUUUAA